AUAAGGGCUGCUUAAAAUUAUAUUUACUUCUUGCCGCCAAGACUUGUAGUUCAGUUUUUAAUUACCGAUAUAUAUUAUAUUUUACAGUUGGAAAAGGAAUAGUUCAAAUUUUUAGCAAUCAUGAUGCAAAAUGAGAGAAUAAAAUAUAUGCGAAUGCCAACAGAAUUAAAGAAAUUACAUGAAAAUACUCAUAUACAUGGCAUAACUUGCAGUGAAACUGACGAUUCUCUCAACUUCUCGCAUCUUAUCGCUAUAAUACCAGGACCAAAAGGAACACCAUAUGAGGAUGGCAAAUUUAAAAUAAACAUACAAGUACUAGAAAGCUAUCCUUUUAGACCACCGGCAUUUACUUUCUUAACUCCAGUUUUUCAUCCAAAUGUUGAUACUUCUGGAAAAAUAUGCAUGAGUUUGCUUCGUAUACCACCUUCAGGAACCUAUAAUCCAGCGGUAACCUUGGAGGCGGUUUUGCUGUCAAUUCAGCUCUUGUUAGCAACACCUAAUGCAGAUGAUCCAAUUCGAGUAGAUGCCGCUGAUUUAUAUAAAUCAAAUCGGCAGGAAUAUAAUAGAACUGCUCGCGAACUCACGAAGAAACAUUGCGCUCCAGUUGAGAAGUAGAUGACAAAAGUAAUUAAUUAGCUAAGAUGCAUUUAUUUUCAAUAUAAUUUUCCAUUAGGAUAUUCAAAUAUAAUUUUUAUUAAUAAGUUUUUAAAAUGUAAGCUUGUUAAAAUUUCUAUAUUUGUUAAAAAAAUAGCAAAUUUUGUCUGAAAAUGUCAUCAACAGGAGAAAAUUUAACAGCAUUUUUAAAAUAUUUGGUGAACAUUCAUAUCAAAAA